CCGGUAACCGGCCAACCAAACAACGGGCGGACGGAACCCUUCCAAAUAAGGAACCGAAACGAAAACUGCCGUCGCCAAAAUUCGAUCUCUCAAUUCGUUUUGGCCUCGAAUCUCAGCUGCUUGUCUGUGAAGAACAACGAAGAGCAUCGAAGGAGGAGGAACGCGCUAUCCUCAGGCAUGGCCGGACGAAGCCAUCAGCCGAAUGCCUUGAAACGACGCGAAGUUCCGUUGAGUCGAAGCCCGCCUGAUGAUCGUCGAUCCCAUCAUCGUCUUUCUCACUCAUCUUCCGUCGGCGGUUCUUCCAGGGCUCACCAGGCAAUCCUUCUCGAAGAUAGGAUAUCUGCCCAGCACCGAGAGAUUCAAACUCUCCUCUCUGAUAACCAACGCCUUGCAGCCACUCACGUGGCGCUCAAGCAAGAGCUGGCGUCGUCUGAGCAAGAGCUCCGGCACCUAUCGGCCACUGCGGCUAAAGUCAAGGCCGAGAGAGACGCUGAGGUGAGGGAGGUUUAUGAGAAAUCGCUGAAAAUGGAUGCCGAGGUUCGCGCGAUGGACGCUAUGAUGGCGGAGCUCGUUCAAGUGCGGGCGGAUAUACAGAAGCUGAGUACCGUCAAGCAAGAAUUAACUGCCGAGUUGCAAGCAAUUCGCGACGACCUUACUAAAGCCUCCUCCGAGUCACAGCCAUUGCCGUCUAUUAAAGCUGAAAUUGAUAGAAUGCACCAUGAAAUUCAAAGAGGAAGGGCUGCUAUUGAAUACGAGAAACGAACACACGCUAGUAAUCUUGAGCAGGCUGAGGCAAUGGAAAAGAGUAUGGUUUCCAUGUCUCAGGAAGUUGAAAAAUUGCAUGCUGAACUGGCCAAUGCUGAGAAGAGAGCAAGGGCUGCAGCAGCUGUAACAAGUCCUUUUCCCGGUUAUGCCACAACUUACGGCCAUCCAAACAUAAGAUACGGCGCGAGCUCAUAUCCCUCUGACCCUUAUGGCAUGCAUCAGGUUCCUGGAGGAGCUGGCGUCGAUAUUGUUUCGCAAUAUGCACGUGCACCACCGACACAUGGACCACUUUACAACGUACAACCAGCACCACCGCCGCAUAUGCAAUGAAUGGGCAGAAUGAUGUAUGGACAUGUUUUGUGCUUGACGAGGAGGAGUUUGGUCUCAGUGUCUUAGGUUCCAUAAGAGUGGAAAGGCACUGUAAAUUCUGGCGCAAAAGCUCGGUUUCUUCAUCGGAAAUUUCUCUUAUACAGGGUCGCAGGGGAGGUUUGGCAGCCACCUUUAUGUACAUUUAACUUGCUGUGACCCUUUGCAAUUCUGAAAGGUGUUCAAUAUCACAGUUGGGCUAAGUUUUGACAUCUUUGUUUAUUCACUGAUUUUUUUUCACCCCGCAAAAUGAUACUGCAAACAUCUUAUUAGAAUCUAGCAUUUGAAACAUCUUAUGAUAAAAUAUCGAACAAACAAGGUUUUCAAUUUAUGAAAUGGAAGAAGAGUUUGGAUCUCUUAAUCGAA